GUUGCUGGGGGGGCGGGGGGGCCGCCUGCCCCUCCGCCGACUGCACCCCCAGCCCCGCCGGCCCCCCCGGGGGCAGCCUCCUGCUGUGCCUCUGCCAUCGGCACCUCUGCAACGGCCGCGGCCCCGCCGCGGGGGGGGCCCCGCACGGCCCCGCGCCCACCCCGGGGGGGACCCCAUGGCUGUGGGCUGCUGCCCCCCUGCUCUUCCUCCUCCUCUUCCUCACCUGCCUGGCUGCCCUCGGGCUGCGCCGAGGGAGGGCCCCCCCGGCGCGACCCCCCCGGAGGUGGCAGAGGGUCAGGGUCCCCCCAGACCCCCCCAGCCCGGAGCUGCCAGCGCUGCGCUUCCUGCAGGUGCUGCAGGCCGGGCGCUUCUCGGCCGUGUGGCAGGGGACGCUGCGGCGCCAGCCGGUGGCCAUCAAAGCCUUCGCGGCCGGCGGCGCGGAGCGGUUCGCGGCGGAGCGAGCGGUGCUGCGGCUGCCGCUGAUGGAGCACCGCAACGUGGCCAAGCUGCUCCGCGCCGCCCGCGCCGGGGGGCCCCGCGCCCGCGGCGGGGUCCUGGUCCUGCAGCUCUACCCUGCCGGCUCCCUGCGGCACUUCCUGGCACAGCAUGUGGGCACCUGGGCUGGCAGCGUGCGCCUGGCACUGUCCCUUGCCCGCGGCCUCGCCUUCCUGCACCAGGAGCUCUGGCGCGACGGCCUGUACAAGCCCAGCGUGGCACAUCGGGACCUGAGCAGCCAGAACGUGCUGGUGCGGGAGGAUGGCACCUGCGCCAUCGGCGACUUCGGGCUGGCCCUGGCGCUGCCACCAGGCGGCCAGGACGGCUCCGCCGCCCGGCGCGGGGGGGUCCACAUCCGCAGGGCUGGCACCCAGCGGUACCUGGCCCCUGAGAUCCUGGAUGAGAGCCUGGACCUGCGGGCAUGGGGCCGGGCACUGCGCCAGGCUGACGUCUACGCCCUGGCACUGCUCCUCUGGGAGAUCCUCUCACGCUGCCAGGCCCUCAGCCCCGGAGCACCUGUGCCCCCCUUCCAGCUGGCAUACGAGGCAGAGCUGGGUGCCAGCCCCACGGAUGCCCAGCUCCGGCACUUGGCCGUGGAGGAACGGCGGCGACCUCUCAUCCCCCCAGCCUGGCACCACGUCCCCCAGCCCGCGGGGGCUCUGCCGGAGCUGCUGGAGGAUUGCUGGGACCCCGACCCCGAAGCCAGGCUCUCUGCCGAGAGGGCUCUCCAGCGGCUCCAGCGCCUGGCUGCCGGCCCCCCGCCACCCAACAGCCCUCUCUUGACUUCUGCAGCCCCUCCGGGGGGUUCUGGCCAACGCGGGGGUCCCCCCGCGGCAGCCGAGCGAGAGGUGGGUGCGGAGGGAACCCGAGAGAGGGAGCGGGAGAGGCGGGCGGCAGGACCCAGGAGGCUCCCUUCGUGCAGGCCCCGCCCACGGGAGGAGCCAGGCGGCCUGGCUCUGCCUAUAGGGUGGAGGGACGCGCGCAUGUCCCGCCCACGGGGCGGGGUCGGACCACCCUUGUCCACCUCUGAAGCUGUGACCACCGAUGGCCACCUGCACCCAGCCAUGACCAUGUGUGACCAACCAGGACAACCUACAGACCACAGACUCUCUCCGCCUCAGAAGGGCAUCGCCAGGCAGGCAGCGCCAGCUGAGGCCAGGGCAGCAAAGCCCAGGAGAGCCAGCAGCCCUCCGGGGCUGGCGGAGCAGCAGCGUGGACGGAGCAGAGACUCCAGCUCCCGGCAUGCCCCGGGGCAAGCAGCGCGCCACACGGGAAGUGACGUCACCGGUAGGCCAGCUUCUGGCGUGCAAACAACAUGGCCGACCGGGAGUGACGUCUCCGGGACUGCAGCGUUCGGCAUGCCCCGGGCAAACAACAUGGCCGACAGGAAGACGGACGGUGGGGCACGGAUGGGCCGGAGCGGGGCUUCGAAGCCUCCUGCCGAGCUCGGCCGACCCCCGGCCAGCGGCUUUGCAGCAUCCCAGCAGCCGUCGAGCGCACGGAAGGAGCCUCCCCCGGGGCGGCUUCAGCGCCGGCUCCGCCGCAGCCCUCUCGGCUCGGGAGCCGUUUCCUCGUUUCCUCCGGAGCUGGAAGACGUCAGGCGAGCAGAAUUUCCUUUCGAGCCGCAGAUAAGCGAGAUCCUGCUGAUAGAGAGGCCCUGCUCCAACAGACACUGA